UCUGAUCAAAAAUCUGUGAACAACAAAGCUCCAUCUUCCCAAGAUCGAAAAGAAAGGCAAAAUUUGGUCAACCAAACUAAAUCUCCUGUAAUGAACACCGGUGACGGUGAAAUAAAAAAUACUGCUUUGAACUCCAAAUCAGUUUUGAAGAGAGAUGUAGUAGCUGAGAAGAUUUUAUCAUCCACCAAUCCAUCACCAAAACCUGCUCCUUCUAAAUGUCCAGAUCGCAACAAUGUUAUAUCAUGCUCGAAAAGCUCAAAUCAAAGCAACUGCAGGCAAGUUAUGAAAUUACCUCACAUCAAUAUCGUCAAAGACACGGUGAACAAUCCAUUCACCGUCUUGAAAGAAGAAGUCGAUAAAGCCAAAGCGGCAAACAAAACAUUCACAAUUCGGGGAUGCUUUCCUGCUAUACGAAGAGCGCUUUUGAGAAGAGGCUGGGUGGAGAAAUUACAUUUUUCUAUGAGAGAUCAAUUGAAUUCAGACAUCAAAAAGUUCCGUACUUACAG